GGGUAUAUGACGCAUGCGCAUUCCAGUGUAUCCCAGCUUACUAUUAGCGCGAAAACGUCAACAAACCCAACGUGGAGGAAAACAUGGCGGAAAGUGGAAAGCUUCAGAAUCUUUAUCCCCCUUCUGCAAGGGUAAGAUCCGAAGUAUGGAAAUAUUUUGGUUAUAAAAAAGAUGAAGAGGGAAUGGUGGUUGAGGACGGUUUCCCUAUUUGUAAAAAGUGCGGAAGGGAAAUAGCCGCGAAACAUGGAAACACCUCCAACAUGUUUACCCAUCUCCGCAGAAAUCACCCGAUACAAUUCAGAGAGAUAAUGCAAAAGUACAGAACAAGAAUAAACAGUCCUAUCUCCAGGGCAAGGAGUUAUCAGCAAAUAAGGAGAGAGGGAAGGAUAAUGGUGUCUACUCCAGUGGUGCAACACCAAACUUCAACAACCAGUGAUGAUAAUGAGGUGAACUCCCAGGGUCAGCAGGAAUCUGUUAUAAACUCAGCCAGCAGUGAGACGGACUGCAGCUCUGUGAGUCCUUUGAGCAGCUGGUUGAAACAAGAACCAAAAAAUGAAAUGAUCGAGUGGGAAAAUAUGAACUCUGAGGUCCACACUGAUGCUGAACAGGACAUCACAUUGAGCAAUGUCAUCUCCACAUCGACGACUCAGGUGGAGAGUUUAAUCACCAGUGAGAUGCUGACCAUCACCAAACUGCAGGGUCAGGUUGAAAACAAACAGGAGAAGAUUGAAGCACUGGAAAAACAGGUGCAGGAUCUGCAGGAGGAUCGCAAGUUUCUCCGUACACAGAUCGAGAACCUCACCAGCGUUCUUUCAGCUUACGUCCGUGAUGGUGUUAAUAAAAAUCAAGAAAAGUAAAGGGACGAGAAUUCCCUUAUAAAUUGGUUUCUAUCUUUAACCGUGUAACUGUGCUGUCUGCCUUAAACAAUCCACCCUUUUCGUCAAAGUCCGUCACUGAAACAAUGCUCAUGGUUGUCUGCCCCUGAUGACCUCACUGUUACCUAUAUUUUCAGAACACCAACACGGACCCCAUUACAAAUCUAACGGCUAUAGAGACUGUUCUUCUGAGACUGUGAGGAAAUAUCAGUCACGUGCUUAUGGGACAGAUUAUGGUCAUUUGUAACUGUAUAGCAAGGGUUGAUGAAGUACACAAAUAAAGUACAAGUAGGUUAGAGUUCAGUCUGAUUUUAUUAUGAAUUGUCAUUAGUGGAUGCAAACAUUUAACAGACAAUCUGCAAAUAAGCAAAUGUUUAAUUUGAUUAUCAAAACAUACAUUAGUGUCACUCGUCAGAACAUUAAAUUUCUAUAUACCAAA